AUGAGUGGAAAAGAGAAAAGCAAGCAUCAUCAUCACGAUCGCAGCGAUAAAGAGCAUAAGGAAAAAGAUCGUAAGGAUAAAGAUUCUAAGAAAGAAACGAAAUCAAAGAAGGGAGAUGAUGAAUCAAAGGGUGCCCAAGAGCCAAUGCCACAAUGGGCUCAACUUCCAGUGAAUAAAAAUGAUGAUCCUUUCCGUGAUGACUUUGAAGUGGAAAUAAAGUUCAAGGAAUAA